AAGACUGUAAACACAAUACAGGGGCCCACGCUGAUAUAUCCUCUCCCUCCCCAGGUCGCCACUUUCUCCCACACUUGAGCAAGAGUCAAGACAGACGGUGAUUCUCAAAGUUUCUCAGUAGGACAGACAGUAAUCAGCGCGGCGGCAAUGGCGGUGUCCUUCCUCUCAACUGUCCCUUCAUUUCUUCCACUUCCUCCUGCCACUCUCAACGCCCCGAAAUAUCCAAUUCUUUCUGUUAAAAUACAUUGUAACAAAAUUGAAGCUGAUGCUGCUACUGAGAACAGAUUUCAUAGGAGGGACAUUCUCAAAUGCGUUGGCGCCACCAUUGGCAGUGGAAAUGGUAAGAAGCUCAGGAACAUUUGUUGAAGUAGCCGAGGCUGCUGAUCUGAUACAGCGCGGACAGCGUUCUAAAUUUCUUUCAAGUAUCAAGGACACCCUCUUUAAAGCUAUAAAGGAAAAUCGGGAACUUAUCCCAUCCUUACUAACUUUGGCACUGAAUGAUGCCGUCACUUAUGAUAAGGCUUCAAAAUCGGGGGGCCCGAAUGGAUCAAUCAGAUUCAGCUCAGAGAUAAGCAGACCUGAAAACAAGGGGCUUGCUGCUGCUUUGAAUUUAAUAGAAGAAGCAAAGAAGGAAAUCGAUUCUAAUUCGAAGGGUGGACCAAUUUCGUAUGCUGAUCUGAUUCAGUUAGCAGCACAAAGUGCUACUAAGCAAACUUUUCUCGCUGCUGCAAUUCGCAAAUGCGGAGGGAAUGAAGAGAAGGGAAAUUUAUUAUACACCGCAUAUGGUUCGAAUGGUCAGUGGGGCUUGUUUGAAAGGAAUUUUGGAAGAACAGAUACGGAGGAGCCAGAUCCAGAGGGAAGAGUUCCCCAGUGGGACAAAGCAAGUGUCCAGGAAUCGAAAGACAAGUUCUCUGCCCUUGGCUUCGGCCCCCGCCAGCUAGCAGUUAUGUCUGCAUUCUUGGGUCCUGAUCAAAUAGCCACAGAAACCCUAUUAGCCGCUGAUCCGGAAGUUUUUCCGUGGGUUCAGAAAUACCAACGCAGCCGCGAAACAGUAUCAGAAACAGAUUAUGAGGUUGAUCUGAUAACUACUUUCACAAAACUGAGUACUUUGGGCCAACAAAUCAAUUAUGAAGCCUAUACAUAUCCAGUACAAAAGAUUGAUUUCAGCAAACUCAAAUUGUAGAGAGAGAGAGAGAGAGAGAGAGAGGAGAGAGAGAGAGGACUAUUGAUGUAAUGUAGUUUUUGGGUGAAGAAACAAAAGCUACAGAGUAUUUUUUCAUCUUUGUUUUCGUUUUGCUUCUCUUCAAAACUGCGUCCUUGUAAUGUUGCAUUUUCACAAACGUGUUUAACUGUUUCUUUAGGUGAUAAUUCACGACGUUCUUCAUAACA